GGCAAAAGGAUGUGUUCAAAUUCGCCUUCUGCACAGUUCGCGUUCGGUUCUUGGAGUUAAAGGUUGCGACCAGCGGAACAAUUCAAACCUCACCUAUAACGGUAAACACCCUAAAGGCAAAUGUACAAGUGUGGGUAGGAAAACUAAGUGAUGACAGUUGGAAAAGGGAAGAGUUAGAAGAGAUUUAAGUGAGCAAGGAAAUUCGAAGUGCCAAAUACAUACAUAUUUACUUAAUUGAAUUCAAAGCUGCCUGUCAAAUGCAACAUUGACUUGCAACAUCAUAACUGUGCCAAAAUCACCGAGUGUGAGCAUUUACAACUCCGUCAGAACCAAAAAGCCAAAGUGAAAGUGUAAAUACAAAGAAUACAAAGAAGAAAAGUCUCGAAAAUCACAAAGUUCGUGAAAGUUUAUAGCGACGCGAAAGGGAGUGAAGUGUGCCGAAAGAAAAGUGUAAAAAUUUAAAUACUUUUGGGGAAAUGGUCGGCGAUACACCGCCUGAAUAAAUUGAAAAGCCGAAAAAGUUUUCAAGUGCUAAUAAUCGCAGAGGUGUUUGUGUAACAAUCGCGUACAAGAAGAUGUGCAAAUCCCAAAAUCAGUGUGAUGAAUGUGUAAAACAGUGUAAAGACGGAUGAGCCUACGCUUUCACAAGGACCUGGAUUACCUUGUAAAGCUGACACAAAACGCAAUUUCUUUCAGAUCAGCUGUUUGAACGCGUCAAAAGACAUAACAACUACAAAGCAGCGCUCACAGUAUACCACCGCCAGUUUCCCACCGGAGUCCACCGCCUGAAACCGCAGCCUGCAGCUCGACUGCCACGACGUACGCGCUUAGCGUCCAGCGCCGUGUUUCAUAAACUGCCGAGAAAGUUUCCACUACACGUUCGCCAAGUUGAACGGAUCCGGCCCCCACACCCACACCGCCAUUGUCAAAACGGAACGAGUGUGUAACGAACUUGGAAACUUUUCUAGAGCACUUAGCGCAACAGACUUUUUUCUAAAUUUCAUCGCUUGCCAAGGAGCAUUUACACAACAUAGAGAAAAUACCGGCGCCUUGCAUUGUGGUUGUUGCCAUUCGCAUUGGUGGUGGCGCCAGUGUCUAUCGACCGACCUUGCAACGCGCUACGUGAUACACAAAUGAGCUGCGAGUUUUAAGUUUUAGAAAAUGCUCGUAAUUCGCUCCUAAGCAAAAUGGGGGCAGUAAUGUACAUGGCAAUUUGCACAAGUCGACUGAGUUCAUAAACCGUAAAGCCAACGAAAAGUUGAAAUAAAGAAGAACAAUAACGACAACAAUUGCCAGUAAUCGAGCAACGCGCUGAUCUCACAAGAAUCUUAAACGGAAUGAUGGCGAGGUGGCUAUUGGUAAACAAAAGGAUACUAACCGCUUUUGUGCUUUGUGCGUUUGUUUUGUUGCAAUUGCAAAAUGGCGAGAGUGCACCUACGCACCACUUGGCCGUCAGCGUGGAAGGCAACACACCCACGCUCAUAGUAACAUCGGCGGAAAUUGGCAUAACGCCAAAAAUUACGCACACUAUGAGGACCACACCCACUCAUCAUGUGACAGAGGCAGCCGCAGCGGCUGCGAGUGUGGCGACAGAACGAAGCACUGAGGUACAAAGCGUCGGCAAAGGUAACGCACCAAAGCUGAAGGGCAAAUCGCAAAAACUGCAGUACGGAAAGAAGUGGCAAUAUAUGUCGAAGGCGAGGGAUAAAAGCAAGGAAAAAGAGACAAGCCAGGAUGAGCGCAACCCUACCACGGCGGUAGCAAUCAAAGCAGCUCAUGUCGCCCCGUUGUCUCGAAAAGUCGAUAAUGUAGCUACAAUCGCUGCUACCCCAAGACAAAAUACCGAAACUACAACAAACACAAUAGCAACACAUAAAAGUACACAUCACUUUCAGGAAAAUGAACCAGUUCCGGCUGAGACCAAGGAAAACAUGGCAGUGUCAAGCGCCGGCUCAUUGGCCUCGGCAAGCGUAGUCAUUGCCGAUAAGCCAUCACAAGUUGGCAGCCAUGCCGACGCAUACAAGGUAAGCGCACCAGGCGCCGAAGUGUCUGCGACAACUGGCAACCUGCCACAAUCAACCGAGGUGACAACAAAGCCAACCGACAACGCGGCUGAUAGCAAUGCGGGCGUAACGGCAUUUGCUGGUGCUGCGGCGACACGAAAAAUAACUCUGGCAGAACAAGUGACUGCCACACCGACAUUCGUCGAGUUACACGACACCACAGCAGCCGCUACAACAACUGCACCGGGAAAUAGAGAAGCAAAAACGCCAAUCUCGGCGACAACAGCAAAUGUGCCGAUGAUUGCAAUCCAAAUUGAAACGCUGCCAAAGGCGAUAACGGUAACGACUAUGUCGCCAGCUACAACAACAAUGAUUACUGAAACAGUCACCAGCGCACCUGCUACCACCAGUUACAUUAAAAAUGGCGCUCACGAAGUAGCAAAAACAAGUGAAGCAACAACAACAGUAACAACCACCGAGCUUCCAAUAACUGAAAAUGUUGCUGUUGUCAGUCAAAGUGGUCCGGCAAUGUCAACAUUAUCCAACGGUAACCCCACUGUCGUCAGUACAGUAAUUGAAAGGAGCUCCGCGAACGUCGGCGACAAUCUUCCGCCAUCGCCCCACCCACUCAUAAGCAGCGCAGACCAAAUAGUAAAACAAGCCGCUCCAGUAGUUGGCAGCACACCAACAACCACCAAAACUGUGAAUAGGAAAACCUCCUUCACAUCCACAACAACAGUGAUACCAUCGGCACUAGCCAUGGCUACAACGAGCCAAGUGCCAACAAUACAAACAAUACAAAAGGUGAACACCGAUAGUGGCAUAAUGUUUAUUGAUGAAGUGCCCGAUAACCGCGACGACAGAAGCCAUGAUGAAGAAUAUCGGACGAAGACAACGGUAUCGCACGAUGAAGCCGUUAUUGCCAAACAUGGAGAAAUUAAGGAAUCUGCAGGACAUGGCGACGGUGUUAGCGAUAGUGAGGGCAUCAUAAAACUUAUUGACUUGGAAAAACAUGAUUUAAAAUCGAUUGCGAAGACGAAACAAUUCAACGGCAGCAACAAAAGUGCCACCUCGGGCGACGUCGAUGAAGACGGUCAUGAUGGUGUGAAGAAAACAAGAAAAAAGCAACUCACCGAUAAGCAUUACAUGCCGGCUGUUGAUAUGAAUGUGAGCGCUGAAUCGCAUGUCGAAAAUAUUACCACUGCUGGUGAUAUAAAAGCAAAACAGGAAACACAAAUAGAUACAACGGAGGUUAUUAAGGGCGAAAAGAAAAACUAUGACAACGGCGGUGACAACAGCGAGGUGUUAUCGACAAAAACACCACGCCUGGAUGCCUCAACAUUGGCACCUGGGGACCAUGCUGGCAGCUCUAUUGAUGUUUCACCGUCCUUAUUCCAUCACCAAGUUGUCGAAAAAUCUACGACAAAUGUGCCUAUUCUGAAGCCAGUACAUAAUGGUUACUUAGGACCGAUUCUAAUGGAAGAGAAACGCUUCACUGUUGUGCAGGCUAAUAAGAAGGCUCACCAUCAUCACGAGACUUCAAUAGAAUCACAGCUACGCAAUGGUCGCAUCGUAGAAAUUCUUGCGCCGACCUCGUUGUUGGAGCAGACCACAGUAGAGCCUCCAAAAGUGAGAACAUUUGGCGAAGAAGCCCAUAGAGUGUCAACAACUAAUACAACCGCAGCACCGUCUCGAGCCCCAAUCGCCUUUCUUUCUGCCACUGUGAACCACAACACACCAAUGCUUUCCACUACUGUUUUUCAAGUUCCCGAGUUAAUGAGCAGCACUACACGAUUGCCGUUGAGUCAGAAAUCUGCAAAACAACCACCAUUCUUCAGUACCCCAAAGAACACAAACAACGACCGCACGGAGUCGAAAAUAUCCGAUAUUCAAGUGGAAGUCUAUGACUCAACCGUGGAUUCUAUCGUAGCGUCUACAAAUUUCAAAGAUAGCGACGGCUUUUAUGCUCUUCCACUAGAAACUGAGGCUGACUUGCGCAGUGGCACCACCAAGCCCCCAGUUGUGCAGCAAGAACGCUUUACACAAUAUGUUGUCGAUCGAGCCGAUUACGCUACACAAGAGUCUAGUGCCACACCUCAACUGAACAUAGCAUCCGGUAAACCAGAGCCAGCUGCUAUCGAGAUACAUAUUAACGUAUCCGAGGGUAUUGGAAAUGAAAGUGAAGAUCUGGAGUUUUCAUAUCGACAACAGGAUUACACGGGUAGCAACUCAAAAACGAACACAAUGGAGGAACUGAUGGCGAAAACUGCAAAGGCCAUAUCGAUGAAGCCACUCAUUUCCAGCGGUCAGGUUCGACAUAAUGAAUCCAGCACUCGUGAAAAUGUUGAACGUGGUGAUGAGAUUUUAGUGGUGGAGAUAAUCGAUACGGGUGAUAACAGCACAGAAGGUGCUUUAAGUGCAGAGAAUAUUAAUCCGAUCUUCACAUUUCGCUCCGACUCUGAGUCUGAUGUAGAGUUGAAAGAUAUAAAAUACUUAGCACCCGAAGUAAAAGUGAAACCACCACAAAUAUCGGAUGAGUUAUUCUUGGCGGACUUGAAGAAGGAUGGUUCGUUGCCCAAACCACCACUACCACCACCUCCGCCGCCACGCAAGCCAACAAUAGAUCGCGAUUCGGACACUAUUUUCUAUAUUUCCAAUACUGAGGUAAAAGUUGGCGAAUCUCUUCCCACCACAAAUACAAAUUAUGAACAGCAGCAACAACAGAAACAACAGCAGCAGAAAUUGCGAAAGACAAGACUAGAGAACCAGUUCUUUCCAGCAAACUAUUUAGCCAGUACUCAUCCGAAUGCAGCUAGACUUGAUGAACAUUUAGCACCCCAACAAAUACGCUACGAAGAAGACAUCAUUCUAUCACCUGUACGUAAUACCGCCGAUUCACUGAAGAUUUUUCGUAGCCAAAGCGACGGCGCACCUCCAUUGGACGUCACGUAUGUUGGUGAAUCCAUAAUGGAAGUAGAGCAAUCCUCAGGCGGCGGCUCCGGCUCCAGCACUACUAUCUCAACAGCCUCUGCCACCUCUGCACCUUCGCAAAUGCCAGACGUAAUCAUACAGCCUGCCAUUUUGCCAGAAAUGUCGAUUGGCGUGCCGGUGAUAGGUGAGUUGCCGCCGCAAAUUGAACUCAAGGAAAUCGAUUUCAUGCCCGACGAAGCAAACCAGCAGCAUUCAGGCAUGUAUGAGAACAACAUGCUGGAGGAUAAUGGCAAUGGGAAUGGCAAUGACGUUGAUAGACUCGCCGAAUCCUCCAUACAGUACGGUGGCGAUCUGAUAGACGAGAGUGUUGGUGGUGGCGGCUUUGACGGGGUCGAAGGCUCUUACCCAUUCGGCAAUCCGGCGGCCUUAGCUCGCAACAAAGCACACCACGACGCCGACUAUGCGCACUUCACGGUGAAUCAUGGCAUAAGUAAUCUGCGGAAGGAUGAGUUGAGCGUAGAUAUAGCGGGCUCCGGUGAGGUGAUGGCUAGCCAACCUGCUGCAGCGUCACUUAAUAAUCUGGAGAAUGGUGAACUGAACGAACGAAGCGGCAAUGAGACGUUCCCCCUACCAAUGCUUGCGAAUGGUAGUUAUGCUGGAUUAACGCCAGUUACGGAGCGUAUGAGUAAUGCCACCGCUUACUCGGUGAUGGAGGAACCGAAUGUAUUGGAAGAAGUAUUUAAAAACCACUAUAAGCUGGCUGCUGGAAUCUUCGUUGUGUUGUUGACAAUCAUUUUGACUCUAUCUUUAACGGGCAUUAUGUGGUUCUUCUACGCGAAGUUUUCUCGUUCACCGAAUGCUUCGCACGCCAACCAAACCAAUGGAAAUGUAGCAAAUGGAAAAAAUGUUGGUGACGACAGAAAAGCACAAGAAGAGUCCACAAACGACACUGCGACCUCAAUACCAAAUCAACCGCUACCGUCCUCCAUCGAAAACCUCAGUAAUGGAAAGUGCGUCAGUGCGAAAUCCAAUACCAGCAAACCGUCCAGUUGUGCCGUGAAAAAUAGUAGGUGUAAUGGUGCAAGCGGCGCCGCUGCCGUCGCCACUGUCAAUGAACAGCCAGAUGACCUGUUGCUGUUGGCGGCUGAGUGCUCCACUGCAACACCAGCUUCAAUCGCAAUGUCAUCACCAGUAAAGCCCACUGAUAACAAUAAGUCGAAAACUCAGGCCAAUCUAUCUAACAACUCCGUCCAAGAGAACUUUACACGUCCUAAUGGCUCUGUCACGAAGAUGACUUUGAAAAACAAUCACCUGAUCGUUGAGACUGAAGAGCGACACGAUAUUUCACGGGUCGCUCGCGAGACCAAAAUGCAUUAUAAUAACUCCGAGAAGGAUGGUGUGUUCGUCGUUGAAGUUGCGCGGGGCGUUGACUCCAAAAGCAUGCCCGGCAGCCCUAUCACCGAAGAGCCGCGUCCAAUCUAUGAAGGAACACCGGCAGCUGCAGCCGCAACUAUUCUACGAACAGAGGAUGAAAAGAUAUUGCGCAAUCAUGAGGAAAUACAAAUCCACCAACCCCCACCAGAGGCUCUGCAGCAGCAAAUUCCAAAUUGCUUAGAGGAAAUAACCGAACGUAGUUUGCAUCAGAUCGUCGAAUUGGAAGAACCAGCCCUCUCACCCAACUUGGAAAGAGAUGGUGCAACUACAGAAGGCAAAUCUAACCUCGUACACAAUUCCAAUACCGGUCUUUCCCAGUCAGAUUUGAGCUCUACAUCGUCCACUGACUCCAACAAACGCUAUUCAUAUGGCAAUCAAGAGCUCUACAUCAUUGAAUCAGCCACAUAUGUGACCGCGUCACCAUCUUCGCACUUACCACUCGCACGUCCAACAGCACACAAUAUGGGCGAGGAUGAUGACCAUAGAUCUGAGAAUGGACAUAGCCUAGAGAAUUCGCCCGCUGCACAAGGAAAUGGCACUACUUCGAUGGCCAAUGACAGCGCCUACUGCAAUGAAGUAUCCAAAAAUGAGCACAAUAAAGAGAACGUAUUAUCGGAGAGUAAUAUGAAAGCAUCUCAUAUGAUUGAAGACUUGUCUGACGCUAAUGCACCAGAGAUUUCAUCGGAUAGCGGACGAAUGACACCAACAGAGCCGGGAAGAGAGGUAGAGACUACCACUGCUAUCGUAGAAGAGAUGGUUGAAGUAGAAAAUGAGGAAGAAAAACCUGAAGUCAGCCUUGAAAAUGAAGUUACACAGUCAAACGAGAAGGAAGAAAAUGUAAAGACAGAUAGUAUUACAGAAGAGACAGCAAGAAACUCAAAUGAGGUAUUAGGUGAAAAUUGUAUUAACAACAACAAUAUAUUAGAAUGUACGAACCAGGUGGAAGACCUAAAUAACACCGAGCGCAACAUCGAACAUCAAAGCUCUGAUAUUGUUCUAGAUAAAGAACCUGCAGAAGAUAUACAGAUUUCGCUCAAAUGUGGUGAAGAUGAAGAAAGUGUAACGGAUAUUAAUGUAGCUCAUCCUUCAUUUCCACAACCAAUACUUUCGAAUUAUGGCUACGAUAGUAUCAUUAGCUUACCUGAUCCACCAUCCAACGAGGAGAUAAAGCAAUUAGCCGAUUUUGCUGGGUUAGAGAAUAAUCAAUUAGACUCCUUGCCACCACCAUCGCCACCACCGCCACCGAUUGCCGCUGACUUAAAUGACAACAACAGGAACAUAGAGAGUAAUGCGAAAGGCGUCGUCACCCACACCACCAGCUCAUCUACCAUCGAAGACGCAUACGACACCACUCCGACUCAGUUGAAAUUAAAACAACUUUUAUACAACAACUCUACAGAAACGUCGGCAAACGAGUUUUGCCAAGCAGUAGUCACAAACGGUAAUAGUCACGAUACAACCAACGGCAAUCUCAUUGGUAAAGUAAAUUCUGCCUCAACCGACUUGAAUGGCCACGAAAUGACUAACGGGCAUGAUGUGAAUUUGGAGCUGAGUCCCAACCAUGAAAGCAACGCGGACACUGGCACGCUGCCAGAAACUCCACUCACGCCACCGGAGUCGCCACCGCUCGCCUCACCCGUACACUACACGAACAGCAUGAGUACUAUUAAUGGCAUGAAAGGGGUCAACAGGGGCAUUUGUGGCGGGCCAAUGCCUGUUGCCGUGGACGUCAACGGUAGUUAAUACGAAUGCCGAGCAACAGCCAUAUUCUGCAGGCCUUGAACCCACACAAGUGAUGCUGUCGUUAUUCGCAUUAGUGACUGGAUUUUGAUUUCUGGAACUUCUGAAACUUCAAGGGUAUGUGGAAAAAUUAAUGGUUAUGUCGAAUUUCUCGAGCAAUGCAACGAACGAACCAACCAUUGACACAAAAGUGCAAUGGCGGUGGAAGUCCGUACGAUGGGGAGUUUGCAAUAGAAUGAAAUAGAAUAUUUAGCAAGUAAACGCAUAUUUGUAUCUUAGACUGUAAGUUUUUACGAUACUUAGUCAAUGGCAGUGGUCUGUUUUAUAAAGGAUAAUAACCCGAUCAAUUUCAUAUACAAGUACUCUACACACAAGCUAAAGCCAGUCCUCAAUGGACGAUAAAUGAAAAGGAAAUAUGUAAAUUAAGAAGUCAUAAGAAAUCUAAACAAGCAAUGGUAGAGAAGAGUAAUGUCCGUAGUCAACGGUUACUCUCGAUGCGGGCUUAGUUCAAAUUGUUAAUGGAUGUACCAAUGGACGAAACGUUUCGAGUGAAAAUGUUCUCUAUCAUAUGGCGUUACAGUUUUAUUACGCGAAUGAGUGGCUGCUCUUCUCGGCCAUUUUCCACCAAUGCUUGAGAAUAUACACUAAAUAUAUUCAUGAAUUAAUGGAGUAAUAAUCAAAUGAAAUAUUGAUUGAAAAAACAUGGUUAGCAGACAGACGUUUACAGUUAGUUACGAAACAAUUUUGAACUAGGUAUUGUAGCAGGCCAUAAUCAAAUCAUUUCAACAGUAAAACAAAAUAAAAACGCAAAAGUCGAAGUGUGGCUAUGAAACGGAACAAGAUUUGCCAAUAUAUACAUAUAGUUGUAAUGACAUAUACAUCCAAACACAUUAUCAUACUUGAAUGACGAGCAUGCAUGUGCUGGUAUUCAGAAAAAUUAUAUAUUCCCCAAUAGUAAGAAAAUAGUACUUAAAUCAAAUUCUGACUGGCACCCUGUAGAAAAAAGGGCUAGUCAGUCAAGAGUCUGGAGGGACUAGAGAAUUUUCCAUCAUUCAGUUACUAUAUACAUACAUACAUACGUGCAUAUACACACACUUUUGUGAGCCCCUUACUUAGUGUUUUGGCAAGUAGUUUUGUAGAAUUCCAAGCAGUUUUCAUGUAUUUGCGCUUAGGGAUUUCGUAAAUCGCAUUUAAUAUACUUAUAUUAGAGGACGCAAUAUGCGACGUGCAUUAAUACUCGUAUAUACAUACCAUACAUACUUAUUAGAUGUCUAGCAAUAGAAAGAACUCGAACUAGAAGAUACUAAAAGUAAACAAGUUCAAGUGUCGACCAAUAAUUCGUGCCAGAAAAUUAGCCAAAUUUUAUCAGAAAUUAAUUAAGUCUAAACUAUAGAUUUUUUGAAUGAAUGUGGGAGUGCCAUUCUAAGAAACGAAGGCGCUGAGAUUUGCACUCAAAUUAAAAGGAAUUAGAAGGCGUACUCCGAGUUGACUUACACCUAACAUAUUUAAACCUUGUCCACACACCCAUACCCCCGAAAAACUUAAACACAAACCUUCGUCUGUUG